GACCACCAACAUGGCUUCGACAGGCGAAGUCAUAGUGCCAUUCUUCAAGAAGGGAAAGUCAAGACCCACUACAUCUCGCCUCAGAGCCACAUCGCCUCCACCAGCCCCGUUGAAUGUCCCCGUUUCGUCUUCCUCAAAAUCAGAAGUCGUCUUGCCUUCUCGAAAAGCCAACGGCAACCUUCUCAGCGCUGGAACCAAACGUACAUCGUCUCAAAGACAUGAAAUCGACGAUCAAGAUGUCCCAGAAAGAGAGGGUCCAGAUAUCAAGUGGACUGCUUCUGGGUCGCAUGUUAAUGCCGCUUUAGACAUUUUGGCAGGAGACGAGGCAGCUGAGCUUCUCGCGAAACGACAAAGGAAAGAAAAGGCCGAAAAGGGGGACGAGGACGAGGAUAUUCCUGACGACGGGCUUUACAGGGGACAGAAGGCUUACCGGAGCCAUAUCAAGAAAAACCAAGAAGUCCCAAAAGCUAUGCGUGUAGGCCCACAACGGAGCACCAAUACUAUUCGUACUGUAACUAUCGUCGACUAUCAACCAGACGUUUGUAAGGAUUAUAAGGAAACUGGCUACUGCGGUUUUGGAGAUACUUGUAAAUUCCUGCAUGAUCGGGGCACAUAUUUAGCAGGCUGGCAAUUGGAUAAUUUAGCCGCCAAUCCUAAGAAGAAUGUUGAGGACGUAUCCGACUCCGACUCUGACGACGAGGACAUCCCUUUUGCUUGCCUAAUAUGUCGAAAGCACUAUACCGAGCCAAUCGUCACCCGAUGUGGUCAUUAUUUCUGCUCGGCCUGCGCUAUCAAAAGGUUCGCGAAAACUCCGAAGUGUUUGGCUUGUGGCGCUCCCACAGGAGGCAUAUUCAAUAGAGCAGACAAAGUGAUGGACAAGAUAAAUAAGAAGCGGAAGGAAAAGGAAGAGGAAGAGGGUGAAGACGCGGGGAACGCUGGUGCAGACGUAAAGAUCGAGGGUUUGAUAGAACAGGGUAGCGAUGCGGAGGGUGAUAGUGACGAGUCUGAUGACAGCGCCAAUGGAGAUCAAGACUGAGCGAUUUUUGCCUCGUAAUUCUAAAUCGACUCAUGGGGAUUGGUCACUACGCUUUCGUGACUUCCCAAGUUUUAUAUCGCAUUUCGAGUUACGUCCGCCGUGCAGCAUGCGCACAGGCUGUAAUCACACUUCGCACUGAGCUGCAUCUAUCUAACCGUGUUGAGUUUGUUCCUGCACUAAUAACGAUAUGAUUGUUUCCUGCUCAUUGAGUAUAGGACACAACGCUUUGAGCAUGACAACGGAUUGCAUGUGACUACAGAAAAUUGAAUAUUAUCCCACCACAGCAUCCACACCCACAGAAACUAGCGCCUCUAUUC